CCUGCGAUUACUGCAUCGGGACAUCGUGUGUAAUUUCCCCAACUAUUUAAAUACCACGCAAAUCCUCCGAGGUACUCCCUUGAACGACCCUCUUACGAUUCAUGCCCGCUGAGUUGACGGAUUCCAAGAUGAAACGACGAACGCGACGAAAGGGAACCGAAGACUUCUACAAGUUUGACAGCGCUCUUGCCCGAGAAGUCGAAGAUAAACGUAGCAGAGGUUUGGUGAGCUGCGCCGAAUGUAGGCGGCUCAAAAUCAAGUGCGACAAGCAGAUACCAUGCCAAUCAUGCCAACGUCGAGGUUGCGCUACCCUAUGUCCUAACGGCAGUUUAUCGACGGGUCAAGGUACACGUUUUGUACUAGCGGCAACCGAGCACCUCCAUCGGAAAGUUGCACGUCUUACUGGUCGAAUACGUCAACUGGAAGAUGCUCUAUCAACGACGCAGGCUCAGUUCUCCGAUGCUCCCCAUCCACUACUCCAUGAUGACUUCGCGGAAAGCGAAGGUUCACCCUGCGCCGAUGUACCUCUAGAUAUGUCGGAAAUGGCUUCAAUGACCGAGGUCCCGGAUAUGCACGGCACCCUUGCCGUCUCCGACCACGGUAUCUCUCGAUUCUUCGGACUCACCGGCGGAUUGGAGAGUUACUUCCUCGCCUCUUCCUGUACGUCACCGGAGAGCGAAACCCAUAGUCCGGACUCACGGCUUGGUUCUUUGAGCCCAACGUCAACGGUAUCGCCAGCGAAUGAUCUCGCAGUUCUUUCCCAAGGUUUUCCUUUCUCCCCGGUGAGAAACAGUGAUGAUACUUACGACGUCAUCCGGGACCAUCUGCCCGUCUGGGAUCAGGCGCUCAUGUUGACGAGCGCUUACUUUGGACAAUUUUCUUGGAUCUUUCAUGGUGUCGCGCGCGAGCAGAUUGACGAGAUACUGCCUGUUAUCUACCGAAAGCAGAGCGCACCAUCCACAGACGAUGAUCACACUGGUCCUCACGAUCUCGCGCUGCUGUUCGUUGUAUUGGCCAUUGGGUCCUUGGUGGAUGGGGAACGCGGCGCUGAACAAGCAGCACGCUUCCAUCAAGUUUCCAAGGCGGCGAUCUGUCUUCAGUCUGUCUUGGAGAAGCCGUCAAUUGUCACUGUUCAGUGCCUUCAUCUCAUGAGUGUAUACAACGCCAUGAAUGGCGGUGAUGCGGCAAAUGGUACGACUAUGGAGACAACCUGGUCGUUGACUCAUCUCGCUGUGCACUUGGGGCAUACCGUGAGUCUUCACCGCGACAGCGAACGCUGGGGUCUUUCGAACAAGAUGAUUCAACGUCGUCGUAACCUGUUCGUUGAUCUUUACGUGGCAGAUGCGUGGCAGAGUCUUCAUACCGGUCGCCCGCCCUCAUUCUCGAUGGCAUAUUCGGAUUGCCAUUUCCCCGAGUACGACUCGAGUCAGGGAAGCCCCAACGACGUCCAGUUUUGCAUAUUCCAAUUCCGAUUCGCAUCAGAAUGCGUCUCUUUUGUGUUAUCCCAUACACUUACCGUCGAAGCGCCGACUUAUGCGACCAUUUUGGAACUGGAUCGCAAAGUUCGCGAUUACCCUCUGCCAGAUUCUCUGUACCCGCAGGGCGAUACACCGACUUCCUGGCAACGCUUUGUUCUUGAUCAUAUUCGGGAGUCAGUGUUGAUGUAUGUCCACAGAAGCUACUUUGCGCAGGCCCUGAUCGAACAGCCGGACAAUCCGCUAAAGAGUAACUACGCGACCUCAGUACUGGUUACAAUGCGGUCCUCUGCGACUAUUCUUAGAUGCGUUCGAGACCAAUUCAGUCAAUGGGAUAGCGCCUGUGGUCGAUAUUGGGUCAUGUGGACUUUAGCCUUUUCCGCAGCUGUAGUUUUCGGUACCGUCGUCACGGGAGCUCCUCGGUCUCCGCUUGCCGGUUCUGCCAUGUCAGAACUGAACCGCGCAUGUGUUCUGUUCUCGAAAGCCGCAGUCCACAGUUCAUAUGCAAAGAAAGCUCUUCCGAUACUCACCAAACUCAGCGAAAAGGCCCAUCACGCCCUUGCAGCUGCGCAAAGUGAUGCUACACCUAUUUCCUCAGGGGACAGGGAGGGUUCAUUAUGGCCUAUCAAAGCAGAAGAUUCCACGGACGAAGAUCUUCUGAUAUUUGCCGGACAUACCCGGUUCCUCUCGGCCAAGCGUAGGACGAUGACACGCGAUUCUUCUACCUCCUCGCCCCCCAACGUUUUCCAUUACUACGACGCUGAUCGAACCCCUUCCUUCGCUGCAGAAUAUCAGCAGUCGAACGUGGCCCAAUCUCAUUACUCUUAUUCAUACGACCGAAGCCGGCCUGCCGGUCCACCGUCGACAAUGUCGAAUCCCAACUAUGCUUUCAAUUGGGCACACGAACAACAGCAUCAAAGCCCCCAUCUGCCGUCGACCGUUCCUCCUAGGCGUCUAUCACGACCGUUGCUGACUGCAGAUCGGGCCGAGCAUCCAAGGGAAAUGUAUCUGAUGUCACCGUCGUCCCCGUUAGGAAAUAUUCCAUCGACCGAUGUUAGCCUCCCCCCAUUCGUAGUUCCCUCAGAGCCAUGUCUACAGGAGCGGUGGUAUUCGUUCCUACAGAAUUCGGGCGUCAUGGAGCACGACGCAUUCAACUGAUUUCUUUUGAGCCGCACGUAUGUAUUGUUGUAAUUAUACACGCAGUUUCUCCCUCCCAUAUUAUUUGCGACGUUGUUUGCCCACCCAUGGACGGAUUGUUGUAUACAAACUGUAGCUUGUAUUCGGGUCGCUGUUUUGUAUUCUUAUCGCUUAAUUAUUGCCCUUGCCGUCGGGGGUAUAUCUAAUUUAUCACGUCUUGUUUUCAC